UAUCCAUUGGAGGACUAGGGUUUAAGCGCUUAGUGAAGAUCUCAACGCAAUUCCAAGCCCUGAGAGAGGGAUGGCGUCGGCGUGCCGAUCAGCUCUGGUGGCCGGUGCUCGUUCGGCGGCAGCCAGACCAAAAGCGCUACUUCCCAAAACCCUAUUAUCUCCGAAACCCACUCCCUCUUCCUCUCCUUUCUCUUCUUCCACGAGAACCAGCCCUUCCGCUGCGUUGAGGAUUGCUGCAGUGCUGGGAAGCGUGGAGACGAUGAUGCCGCUUCACAGCGCGAUUGCUUCAGCUCGUCUCAGAUCUAGCAUCGCCGUUGAUUCCACCUGCUGGAGCUGGCUUUCUCAAGACUUUGCUGUUCCUCGGUGAUGAAGACUCCAAGUUGCAAUCACUUCAAACCGAAUCAGCUUGCAUUUUGAAUGGCCCCUGGUCUCUUCUCCAUCUUCUUUGUUAACUAUUUGCUUUUUGGUUCAACAGUAAAGAACUAAAGAUUGUUAUAAUUAUAGCCACGGGUUUUAGAAGCUAGGACCCACCCACACCCAGCCCUUCAUGUAUUUCAAGCUGAUUGCUGUAUUCCUAAUCCUUUUGCCUGAAUGGAAAGAGGGGCCCCAUGGAUAUGAAAGUGGAGAAAUUGAAACUGGUAGAAAUUGUUGAAUUUCUGGUGUCUAGAUGGAAAAUGUAUGCUGGUGUCUGAACUUGGUCCCUCACCCUCACGCUACAGAAGACGGGAAUUUGG